AUGAUGAAAGUCGCCGAAUCUUGCGCGAUGCAUGCGAGGGUCUUCCUGGGACGUUCCAAGAUGGUGGCUUCAUGGUGCAAGGUCAUCGUCCAAGAAGAUUUGCCCGGACUAGGCGCAACAGAAUCGGCAGCCAAAGAAGCAGCUGGAGAGGUGGUCCUUUUCAACGCCGAGAAGGGCUAUGGCCUCAUUCGUGCAGAUCAGCAAGAGGGCGGGGACGAUACAGAGGUGACCGAGGUGUUCUUUGCAGCCAGUGGCCUGGACACAGAGGUCCAGGUGGGUGACCGUGUCUGCUACUUCGAGGACCAUCUCAUGAUUGAGGGGCAAACUUGCGCCUUUAAUAUCAAGAAGGCCGAGUGA